CUUCUUGCUGUAGAAAUGGACGUUGAGAUAGUUUUAGGCUUCGCGAUUUUUGUUUAUAUCUUCGUUAAUCGUCGUUGCAAACUUUUGUAAUUAGUUUUAAAAGCCAUCCCGUUGCACAAUAAUGUAGUGCGUGUAUUUAAUAUUUAGAAAAAUCGUGUGUUUUAUGAAUUUUCCUUUGCCUUAACAUAGCACCAUUCGGUAGUGCUGCAAUUGAUUUAUGUCUUGAAUCGCUAUUAUUUUAAAAAUCGUUUAUUGUUUACAAAUCACCUUCUUGUUGUUAUAUUUAAGUUUAAAUGAACUUAUAUAUGUAGCCUAAUCUGUUUUCGUGUAAGUUUUACGUUGUUGCAAAGUGUAUAAUAGAUUUUAUUUCCUGUGGAGUAAUAUAAAAUGGUUUCCAGUUACUGAACUUAAAAAGUUCACUGCUGGACGUGGAGCUCUGCCAAAUUGGGGGAUUUGGCGUCACCUCCUGACAGGCACAUUGGCAACUGCUGCAAAGAUAAUCGCACUGCUGAAGCUGCCCACUGUUUUUGUUAACAAUAAGAAGAUGGCCUUAUGUGAGAGUCAAUUGGAUUCGGCGUUGCCACAGUUGAAGAGAGAGGAGUCCUCGCCGAGCAGCGAGGGUCAGGAGUCCCCUGAAAAGAAACCAAAGCUGGAGCCCAAUGGAGAUAUAUACGGGCUUAACAAAGUGCCUGGUGGGUUGCCACUGAGCGUGGAUUAUCGUUCGCCGGUGUCCCACUUCGUGCCGCCCGCCGUAGAGUUGUACGCGGCGAGACACAAGCCGGAACUUAAUAGAGACACAAGUAAUGGCCCCAAGCCGGCAACGAGCUCGUCAAGCUCCCACCUAACACCGGCUAAGAGAAAAAGAGGGAGGCCGCGGAUCGACAAAACCAGCCCAGAGUACUUGGCCAACUUGGCUGCCAGGAAACAGGCAAAAGAGAUGGCUGCCGUUAUGCAGAGCCAUGCAGAAUCCGGCGAAAUGAAAAGGAAGCGAGGUCGCCCGAGAGUCGACAAGACCAGUCCAGAGUAUCUGGCCAGGAAGAGGUCCAGAGAACUGGAAGCCUUGGAGAGGAAAGCGAAAAGAGAAUACAGGAGACGUGCGACAGGAGCGAAAGCGAUGGUCAAAUCGACCAGUGCCGGUCGGGUCGCGAAAAAGCUACCGCCGAAGUCGAAACACGGCGCCGGUUUGCGUAAGCUACCGCCUAAGAUGGCGACGGUACGAAAGAUCGGCGACAAAAAAAUCAUUAUGAGACGGAACACCAAGUUUAUAAAGAGAAAAGACUCGGCCGCGUCCUCGUCGACCGGCGAGACGACGCCGCGAGUCAAGCGUAAAUACACGAAGAGAACGCAGAGUACGAAAAAGAGUGACUCGCAAACUCCAACGACAGAGAGAGUGAAAGGCAAGAGAGGGAGGCCGAGGAAGACUGAACAGUUGGCGGCGAAGCAGCCACAGCAGGCCAAGAUCAGAGUUCGUAGCAACCUAAUGCCGCCCAGUACGGAACCCAUUACACUGGACAGUGACGACGAGCCAGAUUUGGGAUCACCAAGUCAGGCGUCUGACUCGCUGAGCCUAGACGAAAACCUUCGUGCCUUGCGGCAUAUUCACGAGAAGUAUGCCAACAUUGAUAAGGAUGACAUGUACGGCGCGCACCUCCUGGCGGCGAACUUCAAGAAGCCGCCGCCGGAGCAGAGCCGGCUCGCCACCCACAAGGACGACGACGAGGUGCUCUCCGUGCGCAGCUCCGAAGGUUGUGCUUCGGUGAAGGAGUUGGACACCAGAGUGGAGAAAUUGGAGGACAGCUCCAACUCAGAUUCGGACAGCAGUAGUUCAGGGUCAGGCAGCUCGAGUUCGGGCAGCAGCUCGUCGUCCAGCUCGGACAGUUCCAGCUCGUCUGACAGCUCGGACAGCGAGUCGGAAGCUGGGGAUGACAAGCCCAGCGCUGUGACCGACGAUCUACCGACACCGAUAAUGCCCACUAAUGCGGUCGAGGACGACAGGUCGUUCGGCGCGUGGUCUUCGUACAGCGGCGCGCACACGGGCUCAGGUUCGGAGUCGGAGUCGGAUCUGGACGGCGCGGGCGACAUGCCCGCCGCGCCCACGGUUGAGGGGGAGGUGCCGCGCGACGACGACAUCAGCGAGUCGGACAACGAGUCCGCCGACAAGAGUUUCCAGUGCCACGUCUGCCGCAAGUGGUACUCCACCCGCGUCACCCUCAAGAUCCAUCGUCGCGUGCAUCAGAACAAGGGCGGUGGCAACUCGCGCUCACGCACUCGCACUUCGGAACGCUACGAGUGCGAUUGCUGCAGCGAAACCUUUAGCCGCCGCGACAAACUCUGGGAACACAGGGCGGCGGCGCACCGCGGCGCGAUGACGGUGCGCUGCUCGGUGUGCCGCAAGUGCUUCGAGGACGACGCCGAGCUGCACGCGCACGACGCCGCGCACACCGCCGACGAGCGCGCAGGGCGGUGCGGCGAGUGCGGCGCGACGUUCCCGCGCUACGAGCAGCUGCGGCGGCACCGCGCGUGCGCGCACGGCUCGCCGUCGCCCGCGCUGCCGCACGCCUGCGCGCAGUGCGGCAAGCGCUUCGGCCACGCGCACUCGCUCACCCGCCACAUGCACAACCACGCCAAGCAGCUCUACCGCUGCGUCGUCUGCAAGGCGUCAUUUGCGAAAGCGGAGCAACUGGCGCAACACCUGAACAGCCACCUCGCGAACUACAAACGCCUCAAGCCGUAAGAGACGAGCACGUAACGUACACGCGACGAUCGAGUCACGACGCACGGGACAACGGGGAGAGUGCAACGAUGAAUAUCUUUACGGACACACACACAAUAUUAUUAUUAUAUUAUAUUAAUAUAGAGUUUUAUUUA